AGAUAAAAUUAAUUUUAUACCUACUGGCUAUUUAUGAAGUAUGUAAUAUUUUGAUCGUUUUCAAUUUAAUACUGCCUCAAAAAUCCAUUGCUAUCUGUUCUAUUGUUUAUCGAGUUUAUACUCGAUAGUGUGUUAUUUUUGCUGAUGAGUUAAUCAUUGCUACAAUUAUGGGCGUUUUAUAUAGGUCUAUAGUUAAUUAAUUCAUGAGCCUUAAUAUAAACUUUGUAUUUUGGUCCAUUGAAAGAUUGUAGUUCAAUGGAUUACGAGUUCAAAAUUAAGACAGGUAAUGAAAGAGCUAAGGUAGAAGAGCUGUUUGACUACGAAGGGUGUAAAGUUGGAAGAGGUACAUAUGGCCAUGUCUAUAAGGCCAGAAGAAAAGAUGGGGACAACAGUAAAGACUUUGCUUUGAAGCAAAUUGAAGGCACUGGAUUAUCAAUGUCAGCAUGUCGUGAAAUUGCUUUGUUACGUGAAUUGAAGCAUCCUAAUGUGAUAAAUCUAAUUAGAGUAUUUUUGUCACACAAUGAUAGAAAGGUUUGGCUGCUCUUUGAUUAUGCUGAACAUGAUCUUUGGCAUAUAAUUAAGUUUCAUAGAGCAGCAAAAGCAAAUAAAAAACCGGUAAUGGUUCCCAAAGGAAUGGUUAAAUCUUUACUUUUUCAAAUCCUUGAUGGAAUACAUUAUUUACAUUCAAAUUGGGUUUUACAUAGAGAUUUGAAACCAGCUAAUAUUUUAGUAAUGGGAGAAGGUCCUGAAAGAGGACGUGUAAAAAUAGCUGAUAUGGGGUUUGCUCGACUUUUCAAUGCCCCAUUAAAACCACUUGCUGAUCUUGAUCCAGUUGUAGUUACUUUUUGGUAUCGUGCUCCUGAACUUCUAUUAGGCGCAAGACAUUACACCAAAGCUAUUGAUAUCUGGGCAAUUGGCUGUAUAUUUGCUGAAUUAUUAACAUCUGAACCAAUUUUUCAUUGUCGCCAAGAAGAUAUUAAAACAAGUAAUCCUUACCACCAUGAUCAAUUAGAUAGAAUUUUUAAUGUAAUGGGCUUUCCUCAAGAGAAAGAUUGGGAAGAUAUAAAAAAGAUGCCAGAACAUCAAACUUUAAUGAAAGAUUUUAAACGAUCAAACUAUUCAAAUUGUUCCUUGGUGAAAUAUAUGGAUCGGCAUAAAAUAAAACCGGAUAGCAAAGCAUUUCAUUUAUUACAAAAAUUAUUACUUAUGGAUCCAAAUAAAAGAAUUACUUCAGAACAGGCUAAACAAGAUUCAUAUUUUCAAGAAGAUCCUACGCCUACCUCAGAUGUUUUUGCUGGAUGUCCAAUACCAUAUCCCAAAAGAGAGUUUUUGACUGACGAUGAUCAAGACGAUAAAGACAAACGACAGCAAGCUACAAAUGGUGCACAUUCUGAUCAGUCGGGCAGUCAUCAUAGUCAUCAGCAACAACAUGCUGCUAAUCAAAAACGUAUGCGCAUGAAUGGGCUUGGCCAACAUCCGAGUGUCAACCCAGGAACGGUAAUGCCACCUACUGUUCAACAACAACAACAACAGCAGCAGCAGCAGCAACAACAACAACAAGUACAACAGCAGCAACAACAACAAGUGCAGCAACAACAGCAGCAGCAACAACAACAACAACAGCAACAACAACAACAACAACAGCAGCAGCAGCAGCAACAACAAGUACAACAGCAACAACAAGUACAACAGCAACAACAAGUACAACAACAACAAUCCCAACACCCACAGCAGCAGCAGCAACAACCACAACAUCCACAACAGCAGCAACAACAACCACAACAUCCACAACAGCAGCAACAACAACCACAACAACAGCACCAACAAGACUUUCAUCAUGUGCCUCAACACCAACAAAUGAUGUAUUCUCAGGUCAAUCCCAAUGGGCCUGGUCCUAAUUAUUCGCAAAGGUUUUGAAUUAUUUGAAAUCAUUUUUUAACCUAUUUGACUGAUAAAUUAUAUUAUUUAUUAACCUUUAUCAAGCAUGCAAAAAAACUAAGUUUAACAGCUUAACUAAACAUGUCUCGACUUAUGAAUUUAUUUAAAUCAUCAGGUUAAAUAUGUACAUUUGUUGAAGUUCAGAUUAUACUAUAAUAUU